GGAUUGCCAAAGGAUUGUAUUAAUGUUGUUGAGUAGAAGUUCUAGUCACGGAAGGAAUCUACUGUGAGGGGUAAUAUAGCCACUCCCACCGUACCUGCCAUCAGUAGCCGUUGGAAGAAUGAUAUCAGCACGGCGCAGAUUGAAGUUUUGAUCAAUUUUGUUUUAUCCCCGUAACGUCGAGCCUAACUAGCCCUAACGUAUGUCUUCUAGGGCUCUCUAAGCUUACCAAAACUAGAGACUCUCUUGGUUAUAAAAGAAGCUUAGAAAGCUUGCUCGCAUCUACAUCUGAUAGAAUGCAACAUCAGCUCUGAUCUCUUCCAUUCAAUAGCAAAGGCCUUCCAAAACCGCCAAGGGUCACGAUCAUAUGCUAACACAUUAGUUAAUUAUACGUUAUCCCAAAGCGUCAGUCUUCUGAAUACUGAUUGGCCAAUUCGAGAAAGCUUACGCGGCGAUUUCAUCAAAUCUUACGUAUACUUGUCAGAAAUGGAGCCUUCCGGUGUACCACAGCCCCCUCAGAGCGCAGCCUACCAGACAGAAGGCAAUGCCGUAACAUCAAACCCCGCUGAAGAACGUGCAGCCCACCAACAUGGUCACGAGCGCCCUGUGGCGGAGCGCCUUCCUGGAACCCAGUCGUCAGGUAUUAAAGACGCGGUACCAUCAAGUCUAGGAUGGGGAACACAUGGCGCUCCAGCCGGGGAAGAGCGUUUCGGCCGGACCCCAGAAGAAGCAGGGCGCCACCGUGAACUCGAGGGCGAGCAAAUGCGAGCUGCUGGAGAGGGGCAGGUAGCUGAUGUUGUGGACCGCAAGCCUGGUGCUACAGGAUCACAACCAGAUUUAGCGAGCGAUCUUGAUCGGAAAAAGAAUGAGCAAGCUGAAGCGCGGAAUGCCAUCCAGGAGCAGAGAAAACAUGGAUUGGUAUCAGGUGACAGCGGGCCUCAAGGGGUAGAUACCGAGUCCGAUAAAAUGUUCUAAGCCGACAUAAAAUCUUAAAGAUAACCUUCUCCAAAUGCGUGUUUGAUCUGCUCGUUUAUGUCUGGAAUAAGUAGAAAUUGUGAGCACUAAUGCUCACAUUGACAAAUUACGCCAGUUUCAAAUGCAAAGAACUGCCGUGGCGAUUGUGUGAUUUACCGGGGAGAUGAUGCAAUGCCAUUGGAGUUGCUAUAUCUGAGCCGUCGGAUAAUCCUCUGGACUGCGGGGUUAAGACUCAGGAGUAAGCAAAUCAUUGUCAUA